AUGCGCUCGCUCGCUGCUAGACGCGCCAGCACGCCGCUGGCCAUGCCCCGGCCCGCGCCCCUGCACGCCCCUAGCCGCGCCUGCGCCCCGCGCCCCCGCUGCACUCCUUCAUCGUUGCCCCUCGUCGCUGUCGCCUCUCCCCCUCCUGCACCUGGCCGCGCGCCGACGCUCGCCCACCUGCCGGCUGCCCCCGCCAGCCUCGCCACGGCCAACGGCACCGUCCCCUGCACCCCCUCAGCUCCCCGGCGUGACCACGACUGCGCCCGCGCCAUCUCGCUCCCUGCUGCGUGCUACACUGCGCCGCCAGCCUCGCCACGGCCACGCAUGGCCACGCACCCUGCUCGCCUCGUCGCCGACGACCAUGCGCCCCGGAGCUCUGCUCCGCCCUUGAUCACCGCCUCCGCCGCCGCAGCUCGCGCCCCCGCUCCCCGCACCCGCCUCACCUUUGCUCCGGCGCACACACGCGCCCGUCCCGUCGCCUCGGGUCCGCCCCGAUGGGCGCCCGCUGCCCAGCGCCCACUCGGGUGA